CGUGCUAGUGAAUGAAUUUAUUUACUAUAUGUUGAAUUACAAGUGCUUCACAUAUCUUUGUAUUGACGAAAUAAAAGUGCAAUCAAUCAACGACGUGGCAGUGUGUAUUGAAAAGUAAAUCUUAACACUGUUUACAAUCUCCAAAUACUGCAAAUACACCCAACAAAUGAGUUGGUGGAAGAGGUAUCUAACAAAAUAGCGGACACAGACACACGUCAAAUGCAAAAAGUUAUGAGCGCGUCGUAAAGUCUCGAGAUUUAUUAUUGACUGAUAACUGCUUUUGGAUAAGAAACAAUGAAAUAUUUCGGUGGAGUUGAAGGUGGUGCCACACACUCACGUCUUGUGAUCUGCGAUGAACAGGGAAACUCGCUGGCGUUGACCACUGGUCUUGGCACCAAUCAUUGGAUGGUUGGCAUACCGGAAGUAGCGCGACGAAUCACCGACAUGGUGCAGCGUGCGAAAGAAGAGGCUGGCAUUGAAUCUGAAGUGCGUCUAGCCAGUUUGGGUUUAAGUCUGAGCGGUUGCGAACAGGAAGCCACAAAUCAGGAGCUUGAGCAUGAGAUGCGUAACACCUUUCCUGAAAUCGCCGACAGUUAUGUAGUCUGCAGCGAUACAAUGGGCAGCGUUUUCACCGCCUCACCCAUUGGCGGUAUGGUGGUGAUUAGCGGCACAGGUUCGAAUGCUUUGCUGCGUAAUCCUGAUGGCAGCACAUACACCUGUGGCGGCUGGGGGCACUUUAUGGGCGAUGAAGGCAGUGCCUUUUACAUCGCACAUGAAGCCAUGAAAAUUGUAUUCGAUGACAUUGACAAUUUGAAAAAAUCCCGUUAUCCUAUCGACUGCGUUUGGGAACUAAUCAAGCAGCACUUCAAUGUCGACACGCGUUUCGACUUACUGCCACACUGCUACGCUAAAUUCGAUAAGCCAUUCUAUGCAAGCCUCUGCAAGAAGCUAGCGCACGCAGCCGACCAAGAUGAUGCGCUCGCCAAGUCCAUUUUCAACAAUGCCGGUCGCUGCAUUGCGCGCAGCAUAGCAGCGCUGAUCCCAAAAGUGCAGGAUGAGUUGGUCAAAACCGGCUAUCUGAGCGUGGUGUGCGUAGGCUCCGUUUGGCAUAGUUGGCACCUGUUGCGGGAGGGUUUCGAGCAUGAAAUGCGUCAACAUGACAUUCCAUUCGAUUUGAGACUGGUCACCAUAACAAAGAGCAUGGCGUAUGGUGCUUGUUAUCUGGCUGCGGACGCUAUCGAGAUGCGACUGCCGCGCAACUAUCUGGACAAUUUCGACGUCAUGUAUCAUUACCACACGAAGGAAAAGCCAACGAAUGGGCACAGCAGCAAUGGCUGUUCAUCGGCGGAAAGCAUUGUAGUGCGCUGCUAAGCUUCAAGGAACAAAAACAAGUAAUACGUACAUGUAUGUGUAGGCACACACAUACUUACAUACAUAUAUGCAGAAGUGAUUAGCACCAUUGUAGCCUUAAUAAAUAAAUUUAUCGCGUAACUCGUUUUAUUAGAAACUCUGAAUUCCAUAGGUUAAUUAACACAAACACAUAUACACUCACAUAUACACAGAGUUAAACAAUUUACUGCUUGUACUUGUAGCUUUAGUUAAUAAAUAAAUGCCAAUUCCAUUUUUUAUGAAGCCCAAU